AUGAAACCCGUAUUCUUACAAGUAGAUGUCCACUUCCAAGGAAUGUUCGCCAGAAACCCCAUACGCUACACCGGUGGAAUUACACAGAGGUUUUCGGACAUCGAUUUUGCAGGAAUGGACAAGGAUGGGUGUGUUGCCUUCAUCGAAAGGUUCACUGGGGAAAAGUGUCAGAAGCUCUAUUACUGCCAACCUGAUAUUGAUUUUCCAAAAGGUUUGACUCUAAUUUGCAAUGACCCCGAUUAUUACAACUUCAUUGAAAUUGCAUAUGAAUGUGGUGUUAUACUCCCUAUGUAUGUAGACCAUUUUGGGGAUAGUAACAUACAGGAAUGGUUGGAUGAACACAAAGACGAGUUUGUUGGUAACAUUGAGGAAGAAGUACUUGAUGGUGCAGGACUGGUUAAGGAAGUUGCACCAGGGUAUCGGGAUGUGGGUGAUAGUGACACGAACGAUGAGGUAGAGAAUGGCGAUGAUGAUGAUGACGAGGAUGAGGAUGUCGAUGGCGAUGAGGAUGACCAUCAAAAGCCUCAUUUUUUUAUAAAGGGUAAUGAGAUUCAGGAAGAGAUGGGUGAGAAAGCAGGUGCAGGUGAGUUUUUCGAUGAAGACAUGGGUGACAAUGAAGAUGUUUAUCCCGAAUUGCCAAACAUUUUCAAUGAUAAGCUCAAUUGCAAGGAGGAGGAACCUGUUUUAGGUAUGAGGCUUUGGGGUUCUUGGAUGAGUGAAGAUAAGUCUUUCCAGAUAAAAUCUCUUAUCAGUGAGCAUAAUUGUGCAAAGAAUUUCAAAUUCAGAUCAAUUGUGAUUUACAAAUGGAUAGGGACCCACUUUAAGCACCAAUUUUACAACAAUCAAAAGAUGAGCGUCCGAAUGCUUAGAGAGGAGGUAAAAACAGAUUUUGGGAUUAACGUGAGUAUGAGUCAGUGUAGGAGAGCCAAGAAGUAUGCAUUGAGUCUAGUUGAAGGGACAAUAGCUGAGAAUUAUGCAAGAUUAUGGUCAUAUGGUGAGGAGAUUAGAAGAUCAAAUCCUGGAUCCACAGUUAAAAUUUGUGUUGAUUCAAUGCCUGAUGGGGAGUUGGUUUGUGUUGUGGGUAGAGAUGCUAACAAUGGAAUAUUCCCAAUUGCUUGGGCAGUUGUUUCUGUGGAAAACAAAGAGAAUUGGAAAUGGUUCUUAGAAAGUCUUUCAGAAGAUUUGCAAUGUUGGAAUGAUGGUAACGGUUUGGUUCUAAUUUCGGAUCAACACAAGGGUUUGAUUGAGGCAGUGAAGGAAGUAUUUCCAGCAGCUGAACAUAGGCAAUGUGCUAGACAUAUCUAUGCGAAUUUUAGAAAGACAUUUAGUGGAUCCAAGUUUGAAAAUCUGUUUUGGAAAGCGAGCAAGGCAACAACUGAAGCACAAUUUAAUGUAGUCAUGAAAGAGAUUGGAAAAUUAAAUCCGGAAGCAGUUGUGCAUCUUAUGGCUAGAGAUCCAAAGACUUGGUCUUUGGCUUUUUUCAGAGUUCAUAAUUCUUGUGAGUCAGUAGAGAAUGGUUUUUCAGAGAGUUUUAAUAGUGUGAUUUUGGAUGCCCGGAAGAAACCAAUAAUAAGCAUGUUAGAGGACAUUCGUAUAUAUGUGAUGCAAAGGAUGGUGACUAUGAAACUAACCGGACAAGGAUGGAAUGCUUAUUCUGUUUGUCCAAAUAUCAGAAUAUGGUUGAAUAUGCUCCAAACUGAGCAAAGGCAUUGGCAUGUCAUUUCUUGUGGUGGGAUGAAGUUUGAGGCAAGGAAGAUGGACGAGGCGUUUACUGUGGAUGUUGAAAAAAAGGAAUGCAGCUGCAGGCUAUGGCAACUUAAUGGAUAUGGCUGCGUACACUCAGUUGCCACCUUAGCCUACUUAAAUUUGACACCUGACGGUCCAUAUGUAGAUUCAAUGUACUUGGCUGCAUUAUACCAUAAUACUUACAAACAGCCAAUACAUGGGAUGAAUGGACAAAAUAUGUGGCCUUCUACUGACUUGAUACCCCCUUCGCCUCCAUUGAAAAGGCGUAUGCCAGGAAGGCCAACCAUAAAGAGAAGAAGAGAUGCUUCUGAACGGAUGGGAAAACAUACCGUCUGCAAGGCAGGGAAGAAAGUUUCUUGCAGCAUAUGCAAGGAGAAAGGACACAACAAGGCUACUUGUAGUAAAGGUGUAGGAACAUCCAAACAAAAUGGAACAAAGAAACAAAAAAUGAUACCUACGCAGGAGUCUGUAAACGUUACCAUAAGAGUAGGGGAGGAUGAGGUAAUCGUAGAUGCUACUGAUGCUUUGGAUAGGCCUAGAGAUGAAGAGCGAAUGGUGGGAGUCAAUGGACAGGAUGAAGGGGUAAAUGUCAAUGCUCGAGUUAAGCAUGUUAAACCACCUAAAAUGCAAAAGAAGUCAGAACGAAUCAUUAAACUGAAGCUUGCAAAAAAUGUGGGGGGGGGGGGGGGGGUGAAGGUAGCAGUGUUGCAACGGCCAUGGAAUUGGAUUAAGUAG